AUGGGCAACGAGGAAUCCUCGGUAACCGACUCGGGGCCUCCGGUGCUCGAGAGCCGCAGCAUCGAGGCAGUGGCCAAGUACAUUAAAGAGAAUGAUGUCAACCGCGUUGUGCUGAUGGUGGGCGCCGGCAUCAGCACGUCGGCAGGCAUCCCCGAUUUCCGAUCUCCCGAUACGGGACUCUACGCGAAUCUGGCCUUCCUCGACCUGGAAGAGCCCGAGGAUGUGUUUGACAUUGGCUUCUUCCGCCAGAACCCCAAGCCGUUCUAUGCCUUGGCGCAUGAGCUCUACCCCGGGCGCUAUCGCCCAACCAUCGCCCAUUCAUUCAUCAAAUUGCUCUACGAUAAGGGCAUGCUCCUCAAGCACUUUACCCAGAACAUCGACUGCCUCGAGCGACAGGCCGGCGUCCCCGGCGAGAAGAUCAUCGAAGCUCAUGGCAGCUUUGCCUCACAGCGCUGCAUCGAGUGCAAGAAGCCGUACCCCAACGACCUCAUGAAGCAGAUGGUGGGAACCCGCAAGGUGCCCUGCUGUGACUGUGGCGGUUACGUGAAACCCGACAUUGUCUUCUUUGGUGAGGCGCUCCCGCGAUCGUUCUUUGACAGCAUGCCGCAGGUGGCCGAGGCGGAUCUGUGCAUCGUGAUGGGCACGAGCUUGAUGGUCCAGCCAUUCGCCAGUCUACCGCAGCACGUUGGUCGACGAGUCCCCCGGGUGCUAAUCAACAUGCAAAAAGUGGGCGGAUUUGGGUCGCGCGCCGACGAUGUGAUGCUGCUGGGCGAAUGUGAUGCGGGUGUUCGCAAGUUUGCCAAGGCGAUGGGUUGGGGGGACGAACUCGAGGCGCUGUGGGAGGCAACCAACCCCGAGCCCACGACCCGCGCGGAGGAGAAUGCGCCGCAAGACUGGGACGACCGUCUGCGGGACGAAGUGGACCGUCUGACCCAGGAAGUCGACCGAUCAUUGCAUCUGACGGACGCUUACCAGCAGCGAGUGCGCGAGAGGCUCGGUGAGCCGAGCAGCGACAACAAGGAUAAGCCGGAGACGUCGGACGAGCAGGACUCGGUCGUGACAGGAUUGGGACAUGUUUUCCCGCACCUGGCUCGCUCGUUGGAGCAAACAGCAGCAAACAGCAACGAAACCCGUUAG